UGAGUUCUGUAUGUGAUAACAGCUGAUUGUAAUAUUCAUAUUAAUAAUAUUAAUAAUAGUAAUAAUAAUAAUAAUAAUAAUAAUAAUAAUAAUAAUAAUAAUAUUUGUAAGUAUGGCAGUGCGUGCGCAAAGUUAUUUAUUUAAAAUAGUUAAUGGAUAUUAUUCAAUAAAAUCAAUAAGACAUUUUUCUGUUGCGACGAGUUUUUAUAAAAAAUCUACAUUUGAUUGGCAAGAUCCAUUCAAUAUUGAAUCACAAUACAAUCAAGAUGAAAUAAUGGUACGAGAUCAGUUUCACGCUUACUGUCAGGAAAAAUUACAACCGCGAGUAUUAGACGCAUUUAGGAAUGAAAAUUUUGACAAACGCAUUAUGAAAGAAUUGGGAGAUCUUGGGGUUUUGUGUUGCACUUUAAAGGGCUACGGAGCUUCAGGAGUUUCAUCUGUUGCAUAUGGUCUUAUUACUAAAGAAAUUGAGUCUAUUGACAGUGGAUACAGGUCAUCGUAUUCUGUGCAAAAUCUCGCGGCGGUUGCUAUCGAUUCUUGGGGUAAUCAAGAGCAGAAAGAUAAAUAUUUGCCAAAAUUAGUUUCGGGCGAUUACAUAGGAUGUUUUGGAUUGACAGAACCAAAUCAUGGUAGUGAUCCAGGAUCAAUGGAAACGCGCGCAAUUUAUGAUUCGAAUAAAAAAAUUUAUAAAUUACGUGGGAGUAAAACAUGGAUAACAAAUUCACCAGUCGCAGAUUUAUGUAUCGUAUGGGCAAAAUGUGAUGACAAUAAAAUACGUGGCUUCAUAGUUGAACGUAAAGGUAAUGAAGAUACAUUGAGUACACCGAAAAUAAAAGGCAAAGUAUCAUUACGUGCAUCAACUACGGGAAUGAUUAUUAUGGAUGACGUAAUUAUUCCGGAAGCGAACAUGCUCCCAAAUGUACACGGUCUCAAGGGACCUUUCGAAUGUUUGAAUCACGCGCGCUAUGGUAUAGCAUGGGGAUCAUUGGGCGCAGCCGAACAAUGUUUUAAAAUUGCGAAUACUUAUGUAUUAGACAGAAAGCAAUUCAAAAGGCCUUUAGCGGCUAAUCAGUUGGUGCAAAAAAAACUUGCUGACAUGAUGACUGAAAUAGCUAUUGGUUUGCAAGGUUGUUUGAGAGUCGGUAGACUAAAAGAUGAAAAUAGAGCUACGCCAGAAAUGAUUUCACUUAUUAAACGAAAUUCCGCGGCAAAGGCAAUCAAUAUUGCUCGGACUGCCCGAGAUAUGUUAGGUGGUAAUGGAAUAUCUGAUGAAUAUCAUAUUAUAAGACAUAUGAUUAAUCUUGAAUCUGUUAUAACUUAUGAAGGUACGGAUGAUAUUCAUGGUUUGAUUCUGGGUCGUGCUAUUACUGGAAUUCCCGCAUUCGCUGGAUGAACUUAAUUUUUUAGAUUAAAAACAUAAUUUAAUUUUAUUGCUGACUAUUUUUGAAAAUGAGAAUUUUUGUAUGAAUUAUUUGGUUACAAAAAAAAAAUAAAUGGUUAUAUUUUUUUAUA